CGUGGGCAGAGAGCGAGAGAGAGAAAGAGAGUUGCUCAACCGUGAAACUUUGAGCUGUCUAGACUGCGUCAGUGAUAUAUGUAAAUGAAAAAAGGGCGAGUUUAAGUUGAUAUUUCCAGACGAAAUUUUGUGGAAGUUCUACUGCAAAUAGUGUGAGAUGCCGCUGAGACGCGGACCUCCUCCUACGUACCGAAUCCGAUAAAGUUGCGCUCACACACCUGGACACACCGCGCUCUUUCACCACCGGGGAAUACAGAAGAUAAGGACAGAGGAUAAGCCACAAUUCCAACGGUUCUCCAUGUCAACAUUUCGUCCCAAUUCCAAUCUUUAGGCUUGUUUCGUGGUGCGGCGAACAACUAACGCUUGGCUUUUGCUAUGAAAUCUGUGCUCCGGACGGAAGACUAACGAUUCGUACGUUCCGAUGAAAUGCGCUGCACUGUGUGGAUACCGAGCUGUCUCGCUCUAUUUUAGCGGCUUCUAUGAGGAUUUCUUACAGGAUGUUGGUACCGAAUUGGCCCAGGUGUUUUUGGGCCAUUGUAAAUUCUCCUGAGCAGAGUUGCGGCUUCUGCCCGCUGUAGAAACCGUGCGUUGCAUUACAUUAUCGGCGCAACGCGUCUGUCGAGGACAUUAAUAUUUGCAAGACAAGCAUCGUUCCCCCGGUUACUAUGCAAUUACAACUAAUCUCCAUUGUAUUGGUCUUGCACUGGAUGGAGUACGCAAACUGUCAGCAUCAUACCUCCAGGCACCGGCUGCACGAGCGAGGUCCGGGAUGCCUGGGAGGCUGUCUGACCUGCUCGGCUUCGAACGGCUGCCUGACAUGCAUGCCCAGGCUCUUCAUUCACCUGGAGAGGGAUGGCAUGAGGCAGUUUGGCGUGUGUCUGGCUUCCUGUCCAAAGGGUUUCUUUGGCACUCGCUCACCUGAAAAAAAUGAUUGCUCCAAAUGUGGCUCUGAGUGCGACACCUGCUUUGACAAGAAUUUCUGCACACGUUGCAGAGCAGGAUCGUAUCUUCACAAGGGGAAAUGCCAAGAGAGAUGCCCAGAUGAUCUAGUGCCCAGUGACAUCAAGAGGGAGUGUGUUGCACCAUGCCCAGUGAACUGUGAGUCCUGCCUGAACAGUGACACCUGUACAAGGUGUAUGUCAGGUCAUUAUCUUCUGCAUGGUCAGUGUAACACCAUCUGCCCUGAGGAGUUUGAGAACAGCGAGCAGUCAAUGGAGUGUAUUCCUAAAGUGCACUGUGAGGUGGGAGAGUGGAGUGAGUGGGGGUCAUGUUUGCGGAUAGGGAAAUCCUGCUUUGGAGAAGAAAGCCGAACACGGAAAGUUCUGCAGUCCCCCAGUCCUCAGGGCAACCCCUGCCCUUCCACCUUAGAGAAGAGACAAUGCAAGAAAAAGAGAUGCGGGAAGGGAGACAAAAACACGCGCAAAGGAGAGCGGAAGAAUCGCAACAAUCGAAAGGAGAAGACAAAUGGCGAGGGCCGCCGAGAGCGAAAAAGAGAGAGAGAGAGGGAGAGAGAGCUGGGCACCCGGGAGGACGACAGCAGGAACAAAACAGAACAGCGCCGUAAAAGGACCCAGAGCAGAGACACUAUAGUGGAAUAGGGAGGAUCUGCAUGGUGAUCCUCUCAAAUAACCCUCCGCUGGUUCUCCCACCCCUCUGCCCCUUAACCCCCAACUUUCAGGGGUGCUGCUGCUACCUGUAUAAUUUAAAUGUAUACUGUAUAUGCACAAGAGAAACGAGGCACUGAUCACACAAGUGACAUGAACAGUGAAGCUAAUCCUUCUCCUAUCUGGCUCAACGCCCUCAAAGGCCACCUAUUGCUCAUGUGACAUCUUUCUCAUGCAGAGGAGUCUGGCAUUGAGUUGGAAUGAUAUUGAACUCACAGUAGUGAAGUGGGACCUUUAUGAAACAGCAGGCUGAUGACUCAGACGCUGCCCUGGUACAGCAUCACGUUGUGGUUUGAAUGUAGAUUUGUUUGACAUUAUGUAGAGUUGCUAUUGUAUAAACGUCUAUCUUUUUUGGCUGAGUAAAUUAAAGCGAGCGUGCUUGCUGGUGUCAUGGACAUUGCCUGUUGAUAAAGCUAUGACUGCAUGAUGGACUGGUAUAAACCCACCAGACAAGAGGACAGGCUAUGGUGUUACUGGAUAAAGAGGUAAUGGUACUCCCUGCGAUUUUGUUUUAUUUUUUAUUUUUAUUAAUCUUUGUUCAGUGUCCUCCAAAUAUGGGGGAAGUUUGCCUGUCUAUAGUAGCAGAAUCCAAGCUUUCAAUUAAGCCAUCUGACCAGAAACCAAAAGCACCUGUAUGUUCAAUAAAUAAUGAUGUUUGUA